AUGAGUGACGGAGCAAUAUCAGAACUUGUCUCGGCAUUAAAACAACAGGUGGAGUCCCAAAGAGAACAAAUGGAGUGCCAAAGCAGAAAACUUAAACUACUAGAAGAAGACAGGAUAACAGCUGAACAGGAGCGAAUUAAAGUCCUAGAAGAAAAAAAAAAACAACUGCUGAGCAGAACCGACUUAUGGACUUUGUUUUCCUAA